GCCUACCUACGUACCACUACUCCCUAGAGUUUUAACCUUCUAAUCUAACCAAUAUGACACUCAUAGCCUGCGUCUAUUUUAACACUUCUGAUCACUGAUCAAAUUAGAAGAUUCUUCACCAAGUACUAUGAAAAUAUUAUAUGAGUAAUAUGAUUAGGUAGGUUUUUUGUUAAUUGGCGAGUUUUAUUGAAGUGGCUGUAACAUUGGAAGCUGACAGCGCCACUAGACUAGCGCGGGUAUGCGCCGCUCAGGAGCUCGACGGGCGUUCCAGUAAAAUAAACCAAUGCAAUCAUGCCCAACACUGUUAGGAUAAUCUGAUAACUCUUUCAACAUACCUAUCAACCGAAUAAGCAUAUAAUAAGAGUGUGCAUGUAUGGAUGCCUCAGAUAGCUUAGACGACGAUGUUAUCGAGAUUAUUGUACCAGAAACAUGGUACGCGGAUUCUGGCAACAAGCCUGAGAUAUUGGCGGCUACAGAUGACAGCACUGAAGUUUGCCAAAGGUGCCAUUGGGAUCAACGACCCUCGAGUCUAUUCCCUACACGUCGAGAUGAGAUGAUAAAUGGCUUCGACGCGCAACAGGUAACAAGAACCGAAAAGUGCAUAAGAUGUCGAAUUCUCAAACUUUGGUUGGAAUCUUUGGGCCCAGACUAUCAAUCGCCCGACAUAAUAAUAAUCCAAGGGACUGGCUUUAGUAUAUCGAAGCGCCCAUAUGACGACUACGAGGAUUUCGACAUCUUUGUCGCGGACGCUAGUAAUGGACCCCCUUCAUGGUUACCGCGAGGGAAUACGUCGUGGUCAUCUCACAGCUCCUCCACCGAAUCUUUCGAAUGGACACGACGCGAGAUAGACAAGUGCAUCGACUCUCACGCAUGUUGUCGCUCUCUAGGAAAUUCUUUCAUGCCAACCCGGUUGAUCAAUAUUUGUCCUCGGAACAUAGCCGGCGACGUCUUUCUUCAGGAUGGGUCUUCGGUCCCUCGUGGCUCAAGAUAUUGCGCCCUUAGUUACUGCUGGGGUGAUAUCAGGCCAGAUUGUCUCACGACCAAAGCCACACUUGCGCAGCGUCAAUCUAACAUACCUUGGUCAACCCUGCCCCAAACCUUCCAAGACGCUAUCUACUGGGCGCGAUCAGCCGGAGUGGAUUACCUCUGGAUUGACAGUGUCUGCAUCUUACAAGGCGACCGAGACGAUUGGAUCCGGGAAUCUGGAAAAAUGUUCCAGGUUUACCAAAACUCUUAUGUGACGAUUGUGGCUGCUUUUGGCAAGGAUCCAACAUCUGGGCUUUUUUCGGCUUAUCCAGACGAACCGAAGCCGAAGCCACUCGCAACUCUACGACGUGCGAGUGCAGGGUCGAGUUGGCCAUUAUACAUGAGAAAAGCGCAGCACUAUCAUUUCUACGACUGGGAGGACUACGAGACGCGAGAGGCGCUGCCGCUACUGAAACGCGCAUGGUGUUAUCAAGAGCGGCUCAUCUCUCCUAGGAUUCUCUUGUACACUCCUACCGAAGUCGCUUUCCAGUGCUUCAAAACAGUAUCGUGUGAAUGCGGACGAGAUGGCGUAGCAUGCAAUAGGAUGAACUUCGCCGCGAAACACAAGUUCCCGGUUCCCGGGAAGCAGCCGUUGACCCACGCGGGGCCGGCGAUGGACUGGUGGAUCGUAAUCGGCACAUACGCCAACAUGGACCUCACGGUGAAAAGCGACCGCCUCCCCGCCGUAGCGGGUAUAGCCGAGCACUUCCAGAAGUCGAGGCCGCUAGAGAAAUACCUUGCUGGUCUCUGGUCCGGCAACCUCUUGCGAGAUCUACUAUGGGAGGUUCUCGAGGUAACCGCAGACCCCGCAGCCAAGACUCUGACCGCGGGCGUGCCGAGCUGGUCCUGGGCUUCCGGUUCUGGCACGCGAGACGUACUGGUCUACACGGAACAGCUCCGCUACCUCGCAGAAGUCCGGGAGGCGGAGUGUAGAUACGCGAGCGACAACCAGUUCGGCGUGCUGACGGGGAGCAAAUUAGUCCUCCGCGGUCGCCUGUGGAAAGUCUCGGCUCUGUGCCGAAAGGGUGGUCCUCUCUGGAUGCUGAGCCGGAGGGCAGUUUUCAAGUUCGAGUCAUCGAACGAGAUGCGUGGGAGCUUACAUCUCGACUCCGGUAUCGCCAAGCGAAAUUGGUCCGUGGUCCGAGGAUUACACCUGCUCGAGAUCGCCCAGAGGCCUAAAAGCGACGGGGAUGCGUUAGAUACCUUAUACCUUAUACUAAAGUCGGCGCGCACUUCGGGAAAUUCGUAUGUUCGAGUUGGAGUGUUCGAGCAAGAACACAACGCCCUGGGGAAACUAGAUCGUGACAAGUGGGAUAAUUUAGGGUUAUGGGGUAUAUAUGAGAUUAAUUAAGUGCCUGAGAUUUAACUCGAGUUAAUCCACCGAGGCUCGACUUGAUGCACACAUUGAAGUAAGGGCCACAUCGUUACUUCAUGCAGUUAAAAAGUCGAAAUGCAGUUUGUGGGGAUCGAUGAGAAGAAAAGAGCCUAGCCCGUCAGCCACAUUUGAUUACUUAAUGAAAACGAAUCCAAGCCACAAACGUAUGGCAUAUAAGUGGGUCAACGAAGGUAGUGCAGUUACGUAAUAUAUCAAGUGCAGUGAUCUGG